UGCCUUGUCUUUCGUUGUACAGAUGGUGAUGCAGUGUGUGUGUGUGUGUGUGUGUGUGUGUGUGUGUUGCCUUGUCUUUCGUUGUACAGAUGGUGAUGCAGUGUGUGUGUGUGUGUGUGUGUGUGUUGCCUUGAAUUUCGUUGUACAGAUGGUGAUGCAGUGUGUGUGUGUGUGUGUGUGUGUGUGUGUGUGUGUGUGUGUGUGUGUGUGUGUGUGUGUGUGUUGCCUUGUCUUUCGUUGUACAGAUGCUUAUGCAGUGUGUGUGUGUGUGUGUGUGUGUGUGUGUGUGUGUGUGUGUGUGUGUGUGUUGCCUUGUCUUUCGUUGUACAUAUGCUUAUACAGUGUGUGUGUGUGUGUGUGUGUGUGUGUGUGUGUGUGUGUGUGUGUGUGUUGCCUUGUCUUUCGUUGUACAGAUGGUGAUGCAGUGUGUGUGUGUGUGUGUGUGUGUGUGUUGAAAAUGUUCGCAAGAUGAUAUAUAAAUCUUUCAUUUAAAACCACAAAAUGGUGAGUAAUGUUGAGAAGGAAGAAGAAAGGAAGAUUAUGAGGAAGAAGAGGAGGAAGAAGAGGAGGAAUAGGAUUUAAAUGAAGGAAAAUAACAGGGACAAAGUUUUAAAUCAUAUUAUUCGUUAUUUCUUUCUUUAUUCAGUAUUUCCUUAUUCCUUUCUUUAUUUUCGUUUACUUCCUCCUCUUAUCCCUUUUCUGCCAGAGGAGGAAGGGGAAGAAAGGAGGAUGAGGGUGAGGAAGACGAGGAAGAGGAAGAGGAUUAAAUUUCUUUCAUCUUUCUUAGACAGUCCUCAGGAUGUCAACAUUGUAUAAUGGUACAGUGUUGAGACAGGGACGAUCGCGUUAUAAUUCACUAAUUGAGGUUACUUUUGAUAAAUAAACAACUAGUACGGAGUCUUUUAAGUAUUUUACAUUAUCUUAUACCGGAAAAUAUAAAGGAAAAGUGGCGUAAAUAAGAAAAAAAAGGCAAAGAUUAGAGAUGUGGGAUUUUAUAACUUGUGGUAUCUUAAAAUACUAGUAUAAGAUAAACCCUAUGCAAAACGAAUAAUAUAACCUUUAUUAAUCAUCAUAACCUAGAAAACCGAUAAAUAUAUAUAUAAAAACCAGUGUAAUUAGUAAAAAACAAAAAAACUGUCCCUGGGAAGUGAGACGGCCCACAGAGUCGCGCCAAAAACGUGGAUCUACAGGCCAGGCAUCUUAUGUUUAACCAGGUGUACAAGGUGCUGGCUUUCAAGGGCUCCUCCACACCUACAGACACACGCACACACCACCAGAUACAGGAAGCCUUGGAUGUGCCCCUGUGCUCCCCCCCACGCCCCCCUCGCCGCCCUUGGCAGUGUGGGAACCUCGGUACACGCCAGAGUGCCAAAAUUAAUUGAUGAGCUACAGAACUACAGCAUCGUUCAGGUGGCAGCCGGAGACCAGCACUCUCUUUCUCUCACCUCCUGGGGCCUGAUCUACGCACGGGGUGACAAUGGGUACGGUCAGCUUGGCGUCAACUCCUGCGACAGUCCACACCGCCACACGCAAGCUUGUCAAGAGUCUGGCCAGGAAGGUGACAGUGCAGCUGGCCUGUGGCGCCAACCACACCCUUGCCUUGACUGCUGAUGGUGACAAAAUACCUUCGGCCAGUUGGCACUUAGACACCGACAGGGGCCCCAGAAGGAUCCUGCCCUGGUGACCUCCUUGGCUGGCACCCUCUUAGUCCUGCUGGCCGCUGCGGGUCACCACUCUGCUGCCGUGACCCAGGCCGGCUACCUGCUGUUGUGGGGGUCAAACAAGCAGGGUCAACUGGGCUAUACUCCCAAGGGUGAUCCUCUUGUUAGAUCUUCGCAGGGGGGGGGACGUCAGCAUGGCCACCGUCAGCAGGGAGAGUGGGGGUGCUGAGGACUUUUGCAGCCCUCCCCUACCCCGACCAAAUGCCCUCUCUCUCACAAUUCAAGAACAUAUGAUUAAGAAACUUCUGUCAAUUGAGGAAGAAGACAUGAUUGAUGACGAUUUGUUUACGUUCGUACUGGCAUUCAAAACGUGGCCAAGAGUCUUCCUUCGCAUCCCCCCAGCCAGGACGCCUUACGCUGUUAUGUCCUUCCCCUGUACAAGGACUUCACUGACCCUAAACAAACGGCCAAACUCCAAACGCCGUAUGCUGAGGGAGUGUUGAAGCUUGGCAAGGAGAUGGCGGAGGUGUUCAAGACCAGCGUGCCCUUGUGUCUUCCCUGCGGCUGUUGUCCCUGGUCCACGGUCUGAACUUCCAAGCCGGCUGCCGAGUGGGGCGGUUGAACUACGACGACUUUUACAUCCCAGAAAUUGCAGAGAAAAUUGAUAUUAGGAAUGAUUACUUGAACUGGAUGAACAGCAGGCUUCACCCGAU